CUCGCUCAGCGCGCCACAUAAACAAAGGCACAUUGCAACUUCAGCUCAGCGCAUCCUCUCCGUUCUUAACGCCGACACUUUAACAGUGGAGCUGACAGAACCACGGAGAACUUUUUUCUUUUUAGCGAAGAGGAAAAUCAAUCAAACAAUAUUUUUAAAUGAAAAAUCAGCAACUUUUGCGACUAUAAAUUCAACUUUCAUUCAACCACUAAUUUCGGGUUUUGCCUAAUUAUGUUGGAUAUGCACAAGGAGUUAUUAAGGCUUUAAAAACUUAUGUAAAGACGGAACCUCAACAGAAAGCAAACUCCGGUUCGGAAGAGCGCCUGCAGCCCAGGUCUGAGUCCCGGCUUCCGGAUUCCUCAACCGCCGCUUGUGCUGAAGCAGCCCCGAGUCCCCGACGCGUGCAGCCUCCACUGGAGAAACAGACCACGAUUCAGCGAGCAAAAGGCCAACCAGAUCUAUGGCACUCUGACAAUGAACAAGCGAUCACAGUUAUUGGAACAGCUGCAUUUUGUCCAUCUAAAAUGCACACCUCGAGACAUGCCCUGUGUUCAGGCCCAGUAUGGUCCUGCACCUCAUGGGUCCAGCUACUCCACCCAGUCCUUUGGUUACCAUGGUGACUACACUGCUGACCUCAUGGCGACAGACUACACGAAGUGUGAGCUUGGUGGGGGGGAGAUCUCCGCGGCUGCCGCCACCACAUCCCUGCCCAGUUUUAAUGUGUUUGUUGAGGGAGGAUUUGAGCCUAAACCAUCCUGUCUUUAUCAACUCCCUCAUCAACGCUCUAUCAUCAAGAAGGAGGAGUCUUACCCACCCAUGGCACCAUCUGAUGAGGCCAUAGCUGGAGGCUCUAUGUACUUUAAGCAGUCACCCCCAUCAACGCCCCCCACGCCGCUUCACCCUGGCCAAUCCAGCAGCUCUUUCUUGUGGGAUGAACACAGUCUUCCCCCUGUGCCCCAGCCCUGCCUGAUUGAAGGCCCACUGAAGAGUCUGCGCUUCCCUCAUUUAUAUGAGCAGACGGCUCCACCCUCCACCAGUGGCUACGACACUGCCCUAGGCCUUCCACUGCGCCCCGAACGCUCUCCUUCAUCCUCGUCUUCAUCUUCACAUGUGCCACAUAGCCUGGACACACACACACAUACACACUCACACACACACUCCCAUACACACUCACAUAUGUACCCACUGAACAUGGGUAAGCACGGUGGCCUGGCGUUCCGCUCUCUGGGCAUGGGUCCGUGCCCGCCACUGCUGGGAGAGAGUUUGCCAUCGUCACCCAGUCGCACCAGCUCUGGAGAGGGAACCUGUGCAGUGUGUGGAGACAACGCGGCCUGCCAGCAUUAUGGUGUACGCACAUGUGAGGGCUGCAAAGGCUUCUUUAAGAGGACAGUGCAGAAGAAUGCAAAGUACGUGUGUUUGGCCAGUAAAAACUGCCCUGUGGACAAAAGGAGACGGAACCGCUGCCAGUACUGCCGCUUCCAGAAGUGUCUCAGUGUAGGCAUGGUGAAAGAAGUGGUGCGCACAGACAACCUAAAGGGGAGGAGAGGUCGCCUGCCAUCUAAACCAAAGAGUCCACUGCAGCCAGAGCCCUCACCCCCAUCACCCCCUCUUACCCUGCUCAGCGCAUUAGUGCGGGCCUACUCCCAGUCUACACCACGAGAACUAGACUACAGCCAGUUCAGUUCGGUGGAGCCAGUGGGUCUCUCUGAAUCUCAGCAGAUCCAGAUGUUCUACAGAGUGCUAACCGGCUCCAUGGAGGCAACGCGUUGUUGGGCCGAACGGCUGCCUGGAUUCUCUGAGCUUCACCAUGAUGACCAGAACCUGCUCAUUGACUCUGCAUUCCUAGAGCUCUUCGUGCUUCGCCUUGCAAACAGGUCAUUGCUGGUAGAAGAGAAGUUUGUGUUUUGUACAGGCCUGGUCCUCCACCGCCUGCAGUGUCUGCGUGGAUUUGGAGAGUGGCUGGACUCCAUCCGUGACUUCAGCGCACACCUACAAGGUCUCAACCUAGACCUGCCUGCUUUCUCCUGCUUAUGUGCCCUUGUGCUGCUCACAGAACAAUGUCCUGGUCUGAAGGAACCCAAGAAAGUGGAGGAACUGCAAUCCAAACUAGUCUGCUGCCUGCGAGACCAUCUGAGCUCAGUUGGUGCUGGAGGUGUGGCUUUAGCCGGAAAGGCUCCACUCCCUGUCGGAGCUGUGCUCGGCUUGAGGGCUGAGCUUCGAUCUCAGCGCACACAAGGCUUGCAGAGGAUCUUCUACCUGAAGCUUGAGGACUUGGUCCCACCCCCACCGCUCAUCGAUAGGUUUUUGGACACCUUACCCUAUUGAUGACCACGCCCACUAUUGCACACCACUAACACACCCAAAAGCUCACUCAGACAUGCCCACAGCGGCUAUAAACUCACCUUUUGAGAGACCGAGCCAGUAGCUAAUAGACAGUGAACUCAAUUUCCCAUGAGUCCCCCAAAUCCUCACCGAGACAAAAACAACGUAUCUGAGGAGGAAGAAAACAAACCGAUCAUAUAAGCGCUUUUAAUUUCUGCUCUGUGCCUGAUAGUGAAGAUACAAGGCAGGAUUUGAGCUGUUUGUAUGACUGACAUUGGAAAAGAGAGCAUGGCUGCGACCAAUUUCUAAAGCUCAGUGUGUCAUGUCAGAAGUAUUAUUGGUGCAAGAAUGUGUGCGUGCAUAUGUGUGUGUUUGUGUGUAAGCAGACUUGACGGCUCAUUUGCUGGCAGUCCAAAUGUUCCACCGUAAUUCACUUCAACUGUUGUGUUUAUCAAUAACAUACACUCACAGACAUACAAGUGCACACAAACUGUCCUUUCACACACACACAGAUCCAAAAAGCCAGCUUCAGUUGCCAGAUUAUGACAUAUCAACUGUCGUUGGCAGAAACAAAUUGGAUGUUUGUGUGAAAGCACGUAGGAGUGUCUCUGAGGGAGGCUUUCGACACAGACAGAACGACAAGAGUGCAUUAAUGUCUAGAAUCACAGUUGAUCAUGCCCCAAAAACCUGCAAACAUGUGCAAUUUACUAAGUGCUAUUGUAAACGAAGAGAGAAAGAGAGAGUGUGUGUGCGUUCCAGUCCUAUUUCAAACUCUAAAUUAUUUUAAUACUAAGACUCACCUUGUAAGGUAAAGGUUUCAAAUUGAGAAGAUUUUAGCCGGUCUGCGCACUAACUUUUUAAUGACGAAGUUCAACAGACUUAAAAUUAAUAUAGUUUUUUUUAUUAUAAUUAAUUAAAAAGUAAGUUGUAUUAGGGGUAGGAUAAAGGACUAAAAUGAUUAGAAGUACAAUACAGGCUUUAAGCACUUAAAUGAAAGAAAAAGAGGAUAAGAGAAGUCAGAAGAGUUAUACAGGUGCAGAGAGAUGACAAAGGAAGGAAUGAAACAUUCCGCUUUCAUGCUCAUUUUUGUAUGUUUAUAUUGUCUACGCCAUUUAUUAAUGGUGAACAUUGUUGCAAAAAUGUCUUUUAUAUGUACAAAAAGUAAAAAGGAUUAUAUGCAUGGUUUUGUCCUCGCCUCUGCUUGUAUUUAUUUUGCAAAGACUGCCGGCUCCACAAGGGCUUGAACACACAUACUGACUAGGCGUUUUCGCUUACUUUACCAUACGGCAGCAGUAUGAACAGAUGAUAAAAUACAAAUUAUA